UAAUGUGGUUAGUCUCGGAAAUGUUGGUGUUGGAGCAGGAGUAUAUGGAUGUGGUAACAGUUUCCAGGCCAGGCCAGUCGUAAGGCCAAUAGGAAUGAUUAUCCUAGGAUUAUGUCCUGGACUUGCUCUAGGUGGCGGCUUUGGCAAUAACGUAAACAGUUUCGGAAACAGUGGUUUAGGCAGUCAGGUUUCCUACAGCACCGGGGGUACAAACUUUCAUAAUGUUGGUCAACAACAGAGCACCCUUACCACGAUUAAUCACGCCGAGAACACAGACAAUCAUAACAUCGGCGGCAGUGAGUUCUUUAACACUGCAGCCCAAUCCGGUACUGGUUUGAACCAAUUCGGCAACGGUCUCAAUCAAUUCGGCAACGGUCUCAAUCAAUUCAGCAACGGUCUCAACCACUUCAGCAACGGUCUCAAUCAAUUCAGCAACGGUGUCAAUAACUUCAGCAACGGAUGCGGAAACGUUCAGCAAGUAACAUGUUUAACAUAA